CCUGCGCGGAGAGGCCUAAAGCAGGCAGGAGAGUGGGGGGGAGGAGGAGGAGGAGUGGCGGUCUCGCUUUCGUCGCCUUCUCACUCCCCCUCCCUCCUCCCUGCUUAGCGGCGUUGGGGAAGCAGAAAGUAGGACGGGGGACCCCGCUGGGCUGGGCGCUUUCGGGGGCUGAGCUCGGGAGGGCUGGAGCCGCGGCCGGGAGGGAGGGAUCUGCGAGGGAGUUGUUGCUUUCGCCGCCGCCUCCUCGGUGAAGCGUCUUCUGUGUUUCCGCCCGGGACGAGUCCAUUGGUUACAAAAUGGCGGACGGGGAGCUGAAUGUGGACAGUCUUAUCACCAGGCUGCUGGAAGUGCGAGGAUGUCGCCCUGGAAAGAUCGUGCAGAUGACAGAAGCUGAAGUUCGGGGUUUGUGUAUAAAAUCACGAGAAAUUUUUCUUAGUCAGCCCAUUCUCUUGGAGCUAGAGGCACCACUGAAGAUCUGUGGUGAUAUUCAUGGCCAGUAUACAGAUUUACUUCGAUUAUUUGAAUAUGGGGGAUUUCCACCAGAAGCUAACUAUCUUUUUCUGGGAGAUUAUGUGGACAGAGGCAAACAAUCCUUGGAAACUAUCUGCUUGUUACUUGCAUAUAAAAUCAAAUAUCCUGAGAAUUUUUUUCUUCUGAGAGGAAACCAUGAGUGCGCUAGUAUAAAUCGCAUCUAUGGAUUCUAUGAUGAAUGUAAACGACGAUUUAAUAUCAAACUCUGGAAGACAUUUACAGACUGCUUUAAUUGCCUGCCUAUUGCAGCAAUAGUAGAUGAGAAGAUUUUCUGCUGCCAUGGAGGAUUGUCACCAGAUCUGCAAUCUAUGGAACAGAUCCGAAGAAUUAUGAGACCCACAGAUGUUCCUGACACAGGCUUGCUAUGUGAUCUGUUGUGGUCUGAUCCUGACAAGGAUGUGCAAGGCUGGGGUGAAAAUGACCGUGGCGUUUCCUUUACUUUUGGAGCUGAUGUGGUCAGCAAAUUCUUGAACAGACACGAUUUGGAUUUGAUUUGUCGAGCUCAUCAGGUGGUUGAAGAUGGCUAUGAAUUCUUUGCUAAACGACAGUUAGUUACUCUAUUUUCUGCUCCUAAUUACUGUGGAGAAUUUGACAAUGCUGGUGGCAUGAUGAGUGUGGAUGAAACUUUAAUGUGUUCUUUUCAGAUUCUGAAACCUUCUGAAAAGAAAGCAAAGUACCAGUAUGGUGGACUGAACUCUGGACGUCCAGUCACUCCACCUCGCACAGCUAAUCCGCCGAAGAAGAGGUGAAGAAAGGAACACAGUAGAAAAUCAUCAAAUCUGUAAAGGACAAAACUCCAUAUAUACAGUAUAUAAUAAGUGUGCACUGUAAAACCAUCCAGCCAUUUGACAACCUUUAUGAUGUCACAUCUUUAACUUAAAGAGACGGGUAAAGGAUCUUUAAUAUUUUCUAGUUGACAGAUGUGCAACACUGUAUUGUAAUAAGUAUACACCAAGUUUCAGUAAUCAACAUAAAGUAAAUCAGAUCUAAACAAAUUAUUUUGGUUGCCUAUUCAUGUCAGUUUUAAAGUUGACCAACAUCCCAAUUUAAGCUUAAUGUAAUAGUUAAAUCAGAUGAGAGCAUGAUGUUUCAUUUGUGUAAUGUGGUCUUACUGUUGCUUGAUUGCUUUUAUUUCUAUUUUGUAGCUAGAAUGAUGGCAAGGUAUCUUAGUAAUGUUCCCUGGCUAAAAAUGAACUGUGGAAGGGAUUUGGGGAGCCAGCUGUUGCUGUUCUUCCUCUUCCCAGUAAUCUUGCUGACUAAGUGUUUGCCCCUCUAAUAGGAGUCUGGUGAUUAAGGACAAGCCAAACUCAAGCUAGUUCCUACAAUAAUGUUCCUUCUCCAAAGAGACUAGAAGUCAGUGUUUUUCAUGAGACAAAGCUUGUUGCUUUUUAUCUUAGAUUGCCACUUCGUGCACUGCACCAUUUUAAACUAACAUUAUACUCACAAUGGCACUUCAUUCAACUAAAAUAGGGCAAAAGUGGUAUUACUUAUUAGUUGGUCAUGUAAUAUCUUGCAUAGAUUUUAUUAGCAUGAAACAUUUUUCAGCAUGCUUAGCUUCCUGAUAAUGCCAUACCUGCAUUAAAGUGCAUUUUGCAUUUCUCAGUAGACAUGAAGAUCCCUCUUUGACAGGCCUUGAAAUGCUAGCCCUCUUCCCUUUUCUUCCCUGCCCACACUCCAGGAGGGUUUAUUUAAAUGGAUAUUGAUAAAUAAGCAGUAGGGUAACUCUGGCUAAUGGUGGUUGAACUGUCUAAUAUGUCUACAUGAUUGUAAGGCUUAUGUCACAAACAAAUAUAUCUUCUGGAUUUUCUUGAUCAAAAUUCAUGUUCAUGUAGAGAUUUCUGCUUUGUAGUGUACGUAUAGUAGCAAUAAUUUCUGUACAUGAUCAAGAGUUGAUGCAGUAUUUCUUUUCCUGCUUUCCUUUUUUAAGGAUUCAUAUUGAUAAGUGUAAAGACAUGUGUAAAGUUUGUAAGAGAAUAAAAAUUGAAAGGCAAAGAUUUCAUUGAAUAGGAUUACAAAUUUUUAUUGAACACUGACAAAUUUGUAAGAUUUAAGAGGGAAGGUUCCAGUUUAUACCAUUCUGUGUGCAACAAUAAAUGUAAAACUUUAAUCUUGCCUUUGCAAAUGUUACACUGAGGAUUCAAAACUUGCAUUUUAUAAAUAGCACGUAUUAUGCAAGUGAUUUCUGGCUAAGUGAACAGUUCUUUAAGCGUCUUUUCUAAUUCCAUUUUGUUUUAAACACAUAUUAAAUGUAGUUUUUUUCAUUUAGUAAAGUUGUUUAAUUGAUUUGAA